AAGCUGAGGCCGAAUCAUCGUUAGAUGGGUUGGUUUCGACGUCGAACCAUCUGGUCCCUGGGGAAUUUUUCGUGACGAUCAAUACUUCAAGACCGAUCUGGUGGUGUGUGGAGCUUCAGAAGGACUGACGUAUCUUGUAUGGCGUGUCUGGGAUUAGGCACCGAAAAUGGACAAUAUCGUCGUCGAUACUUGCUACAUACUGUAAAACUAUCUACUACAAGUAACGACAUGGCCAAAAUUACAGUUCUUUACUUUGCUGGGGCGUCCACCGCUACUGGUCGCUACGAGGACACGGUGACGCUCCCAAUGACGCCGUUUCCCCUCUCAUCCUUGGCGUCUCACCUCAACUCACUUUACCCGGGUAUGGGUCUUGACAAGGUGCUGGCCACCAGCACAUGGAGCGUAAAUGAAGAAAUGGUAUACGAACCGGCGGCCUGCCACCUCAAGGGUGGGGAAGAGGUGGCAAUCAUCCCACCAGUGUCAGGUGGAUAAUAUUUGGCGUGGUGAGAGAACAGCAUCUGAUAUCUUCUCAUCGCAACUCACGAUAAGCAUAAAAACACGAUGAAGUAGUCGUACGACUGCGUAGCCUUAACUCUCAUCUCUCCGAGCAUUCCAUGUGUUCGCCAAUUAACGUCAAGCACGUUCUCGACCACCGAGUACAUAGGAUGACAUCUAUAGCUAGCACCCGUUUAUCUUUGCGAAACCGUGUCGUCCGCCCAAGCUGUCUUGACCCUUGACACAGGUGUGGAGGGGCAUUUAACAACCCUCGUAUCGGAGUGAAAAGAUUGACAGAAUUCAUCGAGGGAGUCGCCAUAGAGC